AUGCCAGUCGAUGAUUUGCCGACAUUUCCUACUCCACAACAAGCAGCCUAUGUUGUGGAUACCCAUCCCAAAAAGACCUCCAAACCACCUUCCAAUAACUACCGUCCACCAGUAAAGUCUGCUAGCUCAUAUCAACAGCAGGGCUACCCGCCCCAGCACCAGGGCUAUCAGAAUGGCCAUUCGACUUCACCAUACCAGCACUCACAGUAUGGAGCUCCCCCACCACCACAACAGUACUAUCCACAGGCUCCUCCGCAGCCACCCGUACAACACUACCAGGCUCCGCCACCACAGCAGCACCACCAGCAACCUCCACCACAUCAGUAUGCCCCACCACCGCAACAACAGUACUACCAGCCUCAGCCAGUGCACCAUCAGGCUCAACCACAGGUCUAUCAACCUCCCCCACAACAGCAGACACAUCACCAGCAACCUCCACAACACCAGCAACCUCCGCAGCACCAGCAGCCUAUCUACAAUCAGGAUUACGGCCAGGAACCCCCGCCUGUAAGCAGCAACAGCUCGCGGACAGUCGAGAAGUCUAAUCGGUCAAGAGAAUCUGUAGCGACUGAAGGAACGGUGAAGACCCUGAAGCAGAAGCUUGAGAGUGAGUUACGUUCCGUUUUUGAAAAAGUGGAUACGAAUCGCUCAGGAAGAAUUUCGGCCAAGGAGCUUUCUUUAGCGUUAUUGAACUUUGACAAUACUCGAUUCCAAUCUUCUACAGUAAUGUUGAUGAUCAAACUUUUCAGCAACCCUGAUGCUCCGUCCAAGAGUUUGAACUUCGACCAGUUUGUGUCGUUGUGGAAGUACCUUUCAGCAUACAAGAAACUAUUCAUACAGGCCGACUCCAACAAGUCGGGUGACAUUUCCUUUGGUGAGUUCCAGAAGAUCUUACUUGAGAUCGGCUACAAACUAGAGAUCGACGUGGUAUUGCAUUUGUUCCUGAGAUUUAGCUACAAGGAGGGCAACUACGAUAGCGGCACAGGUGUAGGAAAGCUCAAGUUUGAUGCGUUCAUCGAGUUGCUUGUCUACUUGAAAAAGUUGACCGAUGUCUUUAAGAGAUACGAUAAGAACCUUUCUGGCGAAGCCACCAUCAGCUUCUCCAACUUCUUGUUUGAAGUGAGUAACCUCUCGUGA